AUGGAUAACCCAAAGUUGCAAAAACUUCCUGUCAUCAACUUCGGUCAGGAGAAUUUGCAGUAUGGCACAAAAAGCUGGUCCUUGGCACGCAACGAAGUCCGCCACGCUCUUGAAGAAUGCGGUUGCUUUCUUGCUGUGUAUGAUGCAGUUUCUUUCAACUUGAGGGAUUCAGUAUUUUCUGCGCUAGAAAAACUGUUCGAUCUUCCCGUGGAAACAAGAAAGAAGAACACUUCUGAUAGGCUUUUCUUUGGUUAUCUUAGCGACCACCGUGACUCAGCUAUUCGUGAGAGCGUGGAAAUCGAAAAUGCAACCGACAUAGAAGAAGUCAAGAAAUUCUCUAAGCUCAAGUGGCCCCAAGGAAAUGAUGACAAUUUCAGUGGGAUCAUCCAUGAAUAUGCAAAUCUGGUAGCGAAGUUGGAACAGGUGGUGACCCGAAUGGUUUUCGAAAGCUAUGGGGUAGAGAAGCUGAAGUGUGAUUCUCACAUAGAUUCAAUCACGUACUUGCUUCUGCUCAACAGCUACGAGGCGCCUGGAUUGCAGAGAAUGGACACUCGUUUGGCACGUAUAGAUGAUCAUUUAGGCAUUACUCCACCUCAGGGUGGAGCUGCAGAUGAAGAUGACGAUUGA